AUGCACUCACGUCGGUUCUUCGCCCUCCUCGGCGCAGCCCUCAGCGCUUGCAGCGUGACUGCUCACUCCAUCGCUCGUCGGGCCGCCCUGAGUCAGGGCAACGUCGAGGUUACACUGAGCUCGGUCGAGAGCGCGCCUCUUCUCAUCGAAGCGACCAUUAAGAAUGCUGGCUCUAAAGAUCUCGCCUUUCUCAAGGCUGGGACCAUCUUUGGAUCGACCAGAGUCCAGCUUCUCGACGCUCAGAGAAUUGAGCUUGAUGGCUCUAGGCAGAAGGCCGCGUUCCAGGGAAUCGUCGGCUCUGUCGACUUUGAAGCCCUGGCGCCAGAGAACUACGAGGUUCCCCGCCCCGGAUCUGCCAUUAUCAAAAGGAUUGGCGCUGCCGCUUUGUACGGGCUCUCGGCCGGAACCUACGAGUUCUCUGCUUCUGGUCUUUUUGCCGCUCAACCGGACAGUGCCUCUCUGCCAACCGUAUCAGAGGAAUAUAAAUCCAACACGCUGACCGUCACCGUUGCCGAGGCGACUGCUUGCUGUCUCGCGUCUACUUCCGCUCCAACGCUUCCGAAUCGCGCCAGUUCGUCGCCGACCGUCUUGAUGCCGUGGCCAAGGGAGUGCAGCACGUCCGACUCGGGCGGUGUGCGCGUCUACUGCACGGAGCCCUUUGACUGGACAGAGUGCUCGACGCCUCUCGUCGGCUACACUUGGCCCCUGAACAACUGGAUCAUCAUGUGUCCCAUGUUCUUCGACACGAGGCCGCCUGUGCCGCAAGAGUGCCACAAGCAGGACCACACGACGACUAUGAUCCAUGAGAUGACGCACAACCCGGCCGUCUACGAAGUUGCGACUCAGGAUGCUGCGUACUCGUAUCCCAACAUUACGCAACUCGAUCCCGACAUGGCGCUUUACAACGCGGACACGUAUUCGCUGUUUGCGAACGCCAUCUAUCUUGACUGUCCGGUCGAGAGUCUGCCCAAGUGCUACAACGCUACUCUUCCGGCCCCUUAA